CCCCAGCAAGGCAGCAACUGUACCUGUUAAGCAGGAUUUUCUGAUUUUCUUCUUUUAGCUAGUUCUUACAAUCCUGCAAGUAUCUCGCAUCAAAUUCUUCAUCCGCUGUUCAACACUUUUUCUACCAGAUUAAUAAUAUCGACAAAUUAGACUUAGGUUUAAUAUUCGUCAUCAAAGCUUUCUCAGGAUCUGAUCUGAAAUUUGAUCCGUCCAUUUUCAUGAUCUGGAUCUGAAAGCUCAAUCAACGACCGUGACCUAUCAUUUGUGUUUUUCAUCUACCGCGUUUGAUUAUUCAUGUUCUAAAAGGUUUAUAUAAAUCUUAAUUCAUCGAAAUUUGGUUACGGUUAGUUGAAUUUGGGAGGAUCAAUGGAGUGGGCGACGCUACAGCAUUUAGAUCUCCGGCAUGUUGGUCGGAGUUCGAAGCCAUUACAGCCUCACGCCGCCGCAUUUCAUCCAACUCAGGCACUUCUCGCCGUCGCCGUCGGAAGCCAAAUCAUAGAAUUCGAUGCGUAUACUGGAAGCAAGAUAGCUUCAAUAGACAUUGGUUCUCCUGUUGUUCGCAUGGCUUAUAGCCCAACAAGUGGACAUUGUGUAAUUGCUAUUCUUGAGGAUUGUACAAUGCGUUCGUGUGAUUUUGAUGCAGAGCAAACGUGUGUUUUACAUUCACCUGAGAAGAGGACAGAACGCAUUUCUUCUGAUACUGAAGUUCAUCUUGCACUGACUCCUCUUCAACCUGUUGUAUUUUUUGGUUUCCAUCGUAGGAUGAGUGUAACAGUUGUUGGAACUGUGGAAGGUGGGAAGGCGCCAACAAAAAUAAAAACUGACUUGAAGAAACCUAUCGUCAAUCUUGCUUGCCAUCCUCGACUCCCUGUUCUGUAUGUAGCUUACGCGGAAGGCUUGAUUCGAGCUUAUAACAUCCACACAUAUGCUGUACAUUACACUUUACAAUUGGAUAAUACAAUCAAGCUGGUUGGUGCCGGUGCAUUUGCAUUUCAUCCAACAUUGGAAUGGCUUUUUAUUGGAGAUAGACGUGGUACUCUUCUUGCAUGGGAUGUAUCAACUGAAAGGCCUAUGAUGAUUGGGAUUACACAAGUGGGUUCUCAACCUAUCACAUCAGUUUCUUGGCUGCCAAUGUUGCGGUUGCUGGUCACUUUGUCCAAGGAUGGAAAUAUUCAAGUAUGGAAAACAAGGGUGGUACUGAAUCCCAACAAGCCACCCAUGCAAGCAAACUUUUUCGAGCCUGCUGGUACACUCAAUUCUUUGAAUCCCCUGAAGCUUUCAUGAGAUCACCUGGGUUUAGUUGUUUGACAUGAAUGAG